GACUGUUCACGCCCACUCGGUGUGAGGCAGCCGGCGGCUCGGAGCCCACUCGGCCCCGGGUGGAGCAGAACCGGCCGAUCCCGUCCCCCUGGUCAGCAGAAUGCACACCGAUUCACCCAAACACUGGCUUCAUUCAGACUAAAACUGGACUGGAGUGGGAUUAAAGCUUCGGAAAGUUGUCACCAUGGGAGGAAGACGCAGAGACGCAUCUGGAAAGGACGAGGACUUCACCUUUGUCAGCCCUGUGGUCAAAUACCUCCUGUUCAUAUUUAACUUUAUAUUCUGGAUAAUCUCCCUGGUGAUGGUUGGAAUUGGACUUUACGCCCGCAUGAUGAAACAUGCAGAGGCAGCACUGGCGUAUCUGUCGGUCGACCCUGCAGUGAUGCUGAUGGUCAUUGGGGUCCUAAUGUUCAUCAUCACCUUCUGUGGCUGCGUUGGAUCACUGAGGGAAAACAUCUGCCUUCUGCAAACUUUCUGUAUCUGUCUCACAGUGAUCUUCUUGCUCCAGUUAGCUGCUGGAAUCCUGGGCUUCAUCUUCUCUGAUAAGGCCCGGAAUAAAGUCACUGAAGUGAUCAAUAAAGCCAUCAUCCACUACAGAGAUGACAUUGAUCUACAAAACCUUAUUGAUUUUGGUCAGAGGGAGUUCGAGUGCUGCGGUGGCGUGGCGUACACCGACUGGUCUCAAAACAUGUAUUUCAACUGCAAAGCAAGCAACCCCAGCAGAGAACGCUGCUCUGUCCCCUUCUCAUGUUGUAUCAUAUCCAAAGAGCUGGUUAUCAACACCAUGUGUGGCCAGGGCAUGCAGGAUUUAGAAUACCCUGAAGCAGGAAACCACAUCCACACUAAUGGCUGCAUAGAUAAACUGGUCAACUGGAUCCACAGUAACCUGUUCAUACUAGGAGGUGUUGCACUGGGACUGGCCAUACCACAGCUGGUUGGGAUCCUCCUCUCUCAGAUUCUGAUCAACCAGAUAAAAGAUCAAAUCGAGCUCCAGAACUACAACCUCAAGCACCGCGCUGACCCGUGGAGCUGAUCUGGGGCCUGGAAACAGCAACACCAGGAGCCAGCAUCUUAUAGCUUUUACCAAAACCAUCUCUAAAGGACAUCCUAAAAAGGCACUCCUUCUUGGGACUUCACCUACUUGGAAUAAAAAUACCUGACUGUUCAAUCAGGAGUGUUCGCACAAAGAGGACGGAAAAGAAGAUUGUGUCGCCGCCUACUGGAGAAGAAGAGGUCUGCAUUCACCAAACAUGGAGGAUUUACAGUAGUUGAGACAGGAUUAUACAAUCAGUAUCAUCUAAGUCAUUUUGGGAAUUUGCAGGAAUAUACAGAAGUGUUUUUUCUCAGAUUUUGUUAAGAUUACUCUGCUAAAAAGGGAAUUUAUUGUUAUUGUUUGUAAUCUGCUUAUUAGGGUAACAUUCGACUACUGAAGUUUAAUAAUGUUUUAUUCUAGGGUCAAAAUCACCACUGGAUGCAUUCCAAAAGAUGACUCAGACACCAGUUGGAGUCCCAGUUAUAUCUCUUGUAGACCUGUUACAAAGAUAAAUUAUUAAUAAUAAAAGUGUUUUAUAAGACAUUUUAAAUGUAAAAACUGCACACUAUGUUUACAGUAGUGGUCUGAUUGUUGGUUUGCUGACCUCACCCUGCACAUGAUAUCAUUUCCUGUUCAUAUUUUAACCAGGAGACAGCCUCCAGAGCUGCAGCUUUACCAGGGUUUGGUGGGUGUAUGUCUCAGUGUGCAGCCAUUAAAAAUAAACCAACGCCAAACCACACAGUCAUUGUGUACUAUUCAUAUUCUGGACAUACGAAUGUUAUGUAACUGUUGUAUCUAUCCUGUAUGCACCUUUAAAUCAUGUUCCCACCUCUAUCUUCCUCCUUUUUAUGGAUAAAGCAUGUUUUUUUAUAUAAAAUUAAAAACCAGCAAAAGUUUUCCACCUUAAAAGUAGGUGCAUUAGUUCUGUUGUCUUUCUGUUUUUUGUGAACUGUCACUUAACAGACGCUGGUUGAAGUCUUAAAUCCACAAAUUAUCAAAGCUUGAAUGGUUCUGACAGCAGAAGAAAACUGAGCUGUUUGUAUAAGCAGCAUGAAUUUUAGUACAAAGAUAUGCAUGUGAAAUACAUCCCCAGCUGUAAAUUAAAGUAUUUUAUAUACUGUC